GGGGAUAAAGAAUCGUGGCGCGGAAACCCGCGCAAGCUUGCGGGGAGGCGGCGGUGGAGAGUCUCCGGUUCGCGGUCUCCCAGGAGGCACUAUGAGCUGCAUCAACCUGCCCAACGUGCUUCCCGGCUCCCCCAGCAAGACCCGGGGGCAGAUCCAGGUGAUUCUCGGACCCAUGUUUUCAGGAAAAAGCACUGAGCUGAUGAGACGGGUCCGUCGCUUCCAAAUUGCCCAGUACAAGUGCCUGGUGAUCAAAUAUGCCAAAGACACGCGGUACAGCAACAACUUCUCCACGCACGACCGGAACACCAUGGAGGCGCUGCCAGCCUGCCUGCUCCGGGAUGUGGUCCCCGAGGCUCUGGGCGUGGCUGUCAUAGGCAUCGACGAAGGGCAGUUUUUCCCCGACAUCGUGGAGUUUAGCGAGGCCAUGGCCAACGCCGGGAAGACUGUGAUUGUGGCUGCACUGGAUGGGACCUUCCAGAGGAAGGCUUUCGGGACCAUUCUGAACCUGGUGCCCCUGGCUGAGAGCGUGGUGAAGCUGACGGCCGUGUGCAUGGAGUGCUUCCGGGAAGCUGCCUACACCAAGAGGCUGGGCGUGGAGAAAGAGGUCGAGGUGAUCGGAGGAGCAGACAAGUACCACUCUGUGUGCCGCCUCUGCUACUUCAAGAAGGCAUCAUCGGGGCAGCCUGCCUGGCUGGACGGCACGGAGAACAAAGAGAACUGCCCGGUGCUGGGGAGACCCGGGGAGGCCCCGGGAGCCCGGAAGCUGUUUGCCCCUCAUCAGAUCCUGCAGUGCGGCCCGGCCAACUGAGGUGCUGGAUCCCCUACCUGGGACCAGCCACCUGCCCCGGGGCCUGCUGCCGCCCCCUGCCGUACACCUGCCCCCUGUGUGCUAUGCGGCCUCUGUGGAGGAAGCUGGGGUUGGGGGUAAGGUUUCACCAGCACGGGGAGCUUUCCGCCUGCUGCAGCACCCUUUCCUGGCUCGGUGGUCCACACACCACGUUUCCCUCCUUGCCUGCCCACUGGCCUUUCUCAGUUCCCUUCCCAGCUGCUGGGUGGCUCACAGGCCAGAGCUGGGUUGCUCUGUGGUGCGGGGUCUGGCCCCCGCAGACCUCCCUCCCUCCCUCCCUCCCCCUUGGGGUGAGGGCCAGUGCUGCUGGCUUCUUCCUCUUUGUGGCUUUGCUGCUGAGUUUCUGUUCUCACUGGGAACUCCAUGCACUCGCACCUCUGGCUUGGCGCCCAGCCUCGUCCCACGCAAAGACUUGGUCCCUCUGCCUGGGACAGGCUCCCAGCCCAUUGGGGAUGGCUGCACUUGUGUUCUCUUGCUUCCCUUCUUGCUCUGGUGAUCGUUUUCUCCAGGAUUCCAGCUUCUCCUAUGUGCCCUGCUGGGGCUCAGAUCCCAGGGGCUUGUCUUUUGGGGAGGGGCUAUGAUUUUUUCUGUUGUAGCAUGUGAAAUUAAUAACUAAUAUUAAAAUUUACUGGUUAGCAAAA